GCCGCGGCGCGGCCCGCUGGUAGUUCCUGCUGGGCCUGGGUCGUUGGGCCUCCCCGGUUCUCUCGCUCCAUGGUACGCCUGUGAGUCACGUUGCCGGCGGACGUCUCCUCGGGAUGGAGCACAUCCGUACGACCAAGGUUGAGCAAGUGAAAUUACUUGACCGAUUCAGUACCAGCAACAAGUCACUAACAGGAACGCUUUAUCUUACGGCCACACAUCUAUUAUUUAUAGACUCUCAUCAGAAAGAAACCUGGAUAUUGCACCACCAUAUUGCCUUAGUAGAGAAACUAGCUUUGACUACUUCUGGAUGCCCACUGGUGAUUCAGUGCAAGAACUUCAGGAUUGUGCAUUUCAUUGUUCCCAGAGAAAGAGAUUGCCAUGAUAUUUACAAUUCUUUGCUACAGCUGUCAAAACAAGCAAAAUAUGAAGAUCUCUAUGCAUUCUCUUAUAAUCCCAAACAAAAUGAUUCAGAACGACUACAGGGUUGGCAGCUCAUUGACCUUGCCGAGGAAUAUAAGAGGAUGGGAGUGCCAAAUUCAAACUGGCAGCUGUCUGAUGCCAACCGAGAAUACAAGAUUUGUGAAACUUAUCCCAGAGAACUUUAUGUUCCCCGAAUAGCAAGCAAACCAAUAAUUGUUGGUAGUUCCAAGUUCCGGAGCAAGGGAAGAUUCCCAGUUCUUUCCUAUUAUCAUCAAAAUAAAGAGGCUGCCAUUUGUCGAUGUAGUCAACCACUAUCAGGAUUCAGUGCCAGGUGCCUGGAGGAUGAACAUUUGCUUCAAGCCAUUAGUAAAGCCAAUCCAGUCAAUCGCUAUAUGUAUGUCAUGGAUACCAGGCCCAAACAUCGAAUGCAGAGCUGGUGGGCUACACAAAAGGACAUUGGCAGAAUUAUAGUGAGGAUUUCUUCAAAAAUCUGGAAUGAUGAGAAAAUAAGAGAAAGCGAUGAGAAAAAGCGACUGAAUGCAAUGGCCAACAGAGCAGCUGGAAAAGGUUAUGAAAAUGAAGACAACUAUUCUAACAUUAGAUUUCAGUUUGUUGGAAUUGAAAAUAUUCAUGUCAUGCGGUCCAGCCUUCAGAAAUUACUGGAAGUCAAUGGUACCAAAGGGCUUUCUGUCAGUGAUUUCUACUCUGGUUUGGAGAGCUCAGGAUGGCUCCGCCAUAUCAAAGCUGUUAUGGACGCUGCAAUCUUCUUAGCCAAAGCAAUAAUGGUUGAAAAUGCAAGUGUGUUGGUACAUUGUUCUGAUGGUUGGGAUAGGACUUCCCAGGUUUGUUCCCUUGGCUCUCUUUUAUUGGAUUCCUACUACAGGACAAUCAAAGGAUUCAUGGUUUUAAUAGAAAAGGAUUGGAUCUCUUUUGGACAUAAGUUUUCAGAGAGGUGUGGCCAUUUGGAUGGUGACCCAAAGGAAGUCUCACCGGUGUUUACUCAGUUCUUGGAGUGUGUGUGGCAUUUGACCGAACAGUUCCCACAAGACUUUGAAUUCAAUGAAGCAUUUCUUCUUCAGAUCCAUGAACAUAUUCACUCAUGCCAAUUUGGAAACUUCCUUGGAAAUUGUCAGAAGGAAAGAGAAGAGCUCAAGUUAAAGGAAAAGACUUACUCCCUGUGGCCAUUUCUCCUGGAUGACCAAAAGAAGUACUUAAAUCCUCUCUACAGUUCCAAAUCUCCGAAAUUUGCAGUUUUGGAGCCAAAUACAGUAUCUUUCAGUUUUAAGUUUUGGAGAAACAUGUACCACCAAUUUGAUCGAACAUUGCAUCCUAGACAGUCCGUGUUUAAUAUAAUAAUGAAUAUGAAUGAGCAAAAUAAACAGUUAGAGAAAGAUAUUAAAGACUUAGAAUCUAAAAUUAAGCAACGUAAAAAUAAGCAAACAGAUGAAAUUCUCACCAAGGAAUUGUUACAUUCAGUUCAUCCUGAAUCACCUACCCUCAAAACUUCCUUGUGUUUUAAGGAGCAAACUCUGUUGCCUGUGAAUCAUGCUCUUCGAACUAUAGAGGGCAGCAACCCAGCAGAUAAUCGUUACAGUGAAUACGCUGAAGAGUUCUCCAAGUCGGAACCUGGUGUGGUCAGCUUAGAGUAUGGUGUGGCCAGAAUGACCUGUUAGAUCCGUAGAGUAUUUUCUGGACUGACUGUAGUGCAAGAAUUGGAUUCUUGUGAGAAUGAUGUGCGCAUGACCAAAAGGAAUUUGUCAAAUAAUGAUCUUAGAGUUUAAUAGUCGAAGAAAGGAUAAUAACUGCUCUUGGGGGAGAAGUAAGUCCGUUUAAUUGCAUUUCCAGCAGGGAAUGACUUUAAGUUCUUUAAGAAACGAGUGGUGUUGGCAGAUUUAUUCAGAACACAGUUUGUACUGUAUACUAGUGAAUUGACAUUUCUGUAUGAUUUAUAUGUUAAUUACAGCCAAACAAUUCUGAGUAACCUUCCUUAACUAUAAUUUAAUUGCCAGGAAACAAAACUGGAGAAAGUUCUCCCUUAAUAAUUCACAUGGCAUGUACUUUUGAUUAUAUAACUCUAUAACUAUGGAUAUUUACAUAUUUUGCCUAUUAGUGAUGUUUAAUGUUGAAGUGCCAUGAAAAAUAUUCUAAGAAAGCCUUAAAAUUUCAACUUACUCUUAAGUUUUAUAGCGAAGAGCAGGUUUUUGGUUUUUUUGUUUUUUUUUUUCUUUGGGUCAGCCUUGUUUUUAUUUGUAAAGAAUUGCACCAUCAUCCCUGCGGGGGCUGCAUGCUACAACAGUCCUGUAUAAACAGAUGUGUACGUACAGCAUUAAGUUCAUGGUCAGCUGCUCCCACAUCCAUAUUCAAAAUUAAUGAAACUGAAGGUUUUAUUCUGAUUACAGUUUGUAAAGUGCUACAUUUGAUGACAUUAUUUACAACUUAGAUUAUUCUUGAAUAUGUGUAAACUUAUUUGACUGUCUUUUAUGUAUGGAUUACUGCAUUCUUUUGAUUCUUACUUUGUGCUUGGCUUUAUUCCUUGAAUAACUGUGUAACUUUAAAAAGCUAAGGCUCUAAAACUGUUCUUAGAAAUAAUGAAGAAUGUGUAUGUGUACACACACAUACACACACAUACUGUUCUCUCUCUCAACUUUCAAUGAGUUGCUCUUCCUAGAACAGGCUUUCAGUUUCCCCCAAAUUUUGGGGUUAAAAAAAAGGAAGUACAGAUAGUUUAGAUUUUGCUUGGUUGCAUGAAUUUUAAAGCAGCCAUUUCUAUGUGGAACAUUUUUUCUUCUCCAUUAACAUAGGAAUAAAAAAGGAAAAUUAAGGAUAGCCUAGUACAAAGUUAAUGUUUAGCAGGAACAACUUAAAUGCUAGGAAAAGUUUCAUUUUGCCAUGUUAUAUUAACUGUGUGCUAGUAACAUAUCUUUACAUGACAAAAAAAAAAAAAAAAACAGUUCACAUGCAAUUGACGGUAUCACCCAGCUGGCUUUAAAAUUGAAGGUUUAAGUAACAUGACUGACAAGAGGUAUGAUUCAGGGGUAAUAGGAAACCUGGAUAGGAUCCCUAAUGCUUCUCUUUACUGUACUUAGAUCUAUAUUAGUUUUAGGCAUAAAUAUCUUUUUCAAAUGGAAAAAAAGCUUUAAUGUAUGAGAACUUAUCUAAUCCUGUUUAUUUUUCAAUGCUUUUGUGUAAUGCAUUAUGUAAUAAGAAAAAUACUCCUUUUUAAACAGUAACAGAAAUGUACUAUAAAAUAUAGUUUGUGAUUUAGCCAAGCCUAUUUCCAUACUUAAGCACUGGGACAGAAAACUUAAUCUUUGUGACCACAAAGGGAAACUUUUGUGCCUUGUUCCUUGGUUCCAGUUACUGAUUAUGGUUUUGGAAUCUUCCAUGGCAGACUUCUUAUAUUCAGGUGUUUUUUUUGGUUUAUUAUUAUCUUCAACUUCAGGCAUAUAUAUAUGUGUUUAUGUGCUCACACAUGGACUGAGAAAUCAGUUAACAUCUUAAGUGACCUACAGGGUAUAUUUUGGCAAAAAGCAGAUUGUGUAUAUGUCUUACAAAAUUUCAGUGUGUUUGGGAAUGUAUAGCAUGUAAAUUAUUACAUAUUAUUUAAAGGAAAUUAAAUGUUCAUAUUUUA